UACAUACACGAAGGGUUGACGCUGUCGAACGAAGAGUUGGAAAAGGCGAAGCGGGAGGAAAAGGCGCGCGUGUUGCAAAACGGCAAGUUGACGUUGAUUUUAGAUUUAGAUCAUACGCUGCUGAAUUCGACGCAGUUUAAGGAGUUGACGCAAGAGCAGCACGAUUUGUUGCACGAGUGCAUCGCGCGAGAGGCGGAGGGGUUGAAGGAAGGACAGCGACCGAUGCUGUAUUGCUUGCGUCACAUGGGAUUUUUCACAAAGUUGAGACCGCACGUGUUUGAGUUUUUAGAAUCGGUGUCGAAGAUUUGUCAGCCGUACGUGUACACGAUGGGGGACAAGCCGUACGCUAGAGAGAUGGUGAAGCUGAUUGAUCCCGAAGGGACGAUUUUUCACGGACGCGUGAUUUCAAACAACGACUCCACGAGCUCGCACGUCAAGGAUUUGGACAUCGUUCUCGGCGGAGAAGCGAGCGCGAUCAUCGUCGAUGACACCGAGCGCGUUUGGCCGCAAAAUCAGGGCAAUUUGAUACGUCUCGACCGCUAUCACUUCUUUCCGGGAAGUGCGUCUUCGUUCCAACAAAAAGGACAAUCCGUGAUGGAGAGCUCGAUGGUGGACGAAGGCGAGCUCGGUUCGGUGGGUAGUCGGGCCGUGCUCUUAGACGUAUUGGCCGUCAUAGAGAGCGUACACAGGAGCUUUUUCAAAAACACCGACGAUGGAGAGGAACCGGACGUGCGCAAGCUGCUC